UCCAUAUAGAUACUCGUAUAAAACGCAGCUGCAUCUGAGAUCUAGUCUCAGUAAUCGAAUAAAAAUGCAGCCGUGUAUUUUAUUUGUGCUGUUUGUUGGGAUCACCAUCACCAGUUCCUGUGGCAUUCCAAAUGCUGAGCAAACAAAGACUUUAAAUGGAAAAGACGAGCAGAUAAAAGUGCCAGAAGUCGCUGCAGUUGAUGCUGGAAUAUUGGAACACAAAUCUCAAUUGAAUGCAGCAUCUUCCAAUGCACAAAGUACAACCAUUCCCACAGUGGACUUUGUGCCUGAAAACAUUGUGCCUUUACCCACGCGCUCGCCAACUGCUACAACUUCUAAUGAGAAGAAAAAGGUACCAGAAGUCUCUACAGAGGAUACAAUUCUGGAACAUAAAUCCGCACAGGAAGAUAUCCAUCUCUUCCGAAUGGAACCCCAAAGUACACCCAUUCCAACAGUAGAAAAGAUUCUACCUUUGCCCACUCGUUGUCCAUAUCCUAAGCUUAUAAUGAUGCCCUCCACCAUUGUAAAUACUGAGCAAGUGAAGACUCCCAAUGGAGGCAAUCCAAAGCCAAAAUUAAAAGAAGUUGCGCUAGAAAGUGCCACACAUUCUGCAGUUCCAGAGAAGGAUAAGAAUAUCCCAGAUGUUGUGGGUAAUCAAUCGAUCGAGUGUGAGCCACAGCCAUAUAGUAUUGGAACUCGUUUGAGUGCUCAGCUUUUAAAAAUACUCACAAGAUUGGGCUAAUGUAAAUUCGAUGUUUAAAUAAAACUAAAUGCA